AGUGGCGCUCCUUUAACAAAUGCACGUGAGGUGCGUAACGAGCGCGCUCUCUGGAUGCUUGGAGCGCGAGUUGAGGCGCAGAAUGAAAUAUGUCUCCAUAUUUUUGCAAACACACAUUCUUCAGCCGCAGCCCGUGGGCGCAGGCUGGUUAUAGUACAUGACGGCGCUCAUUCCACGCCCGCAGCCUUCGCAGCCGCCGCGCGUCCUUUGACCCCCGCUCUUCCAAAAUAGACGAACGACCUCGCGGAGCCUUGAGUCCUCGUUGCAGUUGUUGACGGCGCAGUUUUGGCCGUCAGUCAAAGGCGUUCGCACGCGGGCCAGCUGCGACGGGGAAGUGCGCGCGCGAGGCGUGAACCAGUCUCAGCGUUCGUGCAGGAGACGCGUUGCGGCAGUCACGCCGUCGGCGCGCACUGACAGGAAGGUUGUCAUCACUCCCGGAGUGUGGACACGGCGAGCUUCUCCUGACAAAACACAAGACGAGCUCUCCAGAACGGUUGUUCUCUCAUGGGUCUUUUGUGCCCUAAAGGUUCCAGGUGAGAUCAUCUGCCUCCUCGCGCCGUCUCGGUCCGACCGGUGCCGGCGAUGGCGUCGGCGGGCAGCCUGCAGCUCGCUCUGCUCCUCGCCCUGAGCUGGACGGCUGCAGCCCUGACUGUUCCUCUGGAAGUGGAGCAGCCUCCGACCAUAAUCCGCCACACGUCGGGCCCCAUCGUUGCUCUUCCCUUUGACAGUAACGUCACUGUGAGGUGUGAAGCCCGGGGCAACCCACCGCCACAAUACAGAUGGACAAAAGACGGGGAGGAAUUUCUACCCCCUCACGUCAACACAACACAGAACACAUCUGGCACUUUUGUGCUGCAAAGCAAACACCUCGCCCAGUUCCAGGGUAAAUAUAGAUGCUACGCUUCUAACAAGCGGGGGACUGCCAUGACGGAGGAGAUCACGCUGAUCGCUCGCAGCGUCCCAAAGUUCCCGAAGGAGGCGAUGGAGCUGAUUGAGGUGAACGAGGGAAAUCCCUUCGUCCUGAAGUGUAACCCUCCGGAGGGCGUGGCCCCGCGUCAGAUCUACUGGAUGUCCUAUCGCCUGCAGCACAUCGAGCAGAACGAGCGGGUCACCACCGGCCUCGACGGCAACCUGUACGUCUCCAACGCCGUGCGCAGCGACAGCCGCGACGAUUACCACUGCCACGCCGCCUUCUCCAGGAUACGCACCAUCGUCCAGAAGAGCGCCAUGGCCGUCGUCGUCGCCGCCCAGAGCGCUGGAGCCCCCGCAGUGAGAAAACCUGGCCUGCUGCUGCCCUCUGCUGGUCGGACUGAGAUGGUUCAGACAGAGAUGGUGUUCCUGAAGGGAGAGGACCUGCGCCUCGAGUGCAUACCAGAGGGCUUUCCCACUCCAAGCGUAAAAUGGAUGAAGAUGGGAGAGAAGCUGCCUCCUCGGACCAAAUUCAGCAAGUUUGAUAAGCUGUUGACCAUCAAGGCGGUGGAGGAGAGCGAUCAGGGGCAGUACAUGUGCACGGCCAGCAACUCCGCCGGGGAGACGGUCCACUACUUUGACGUGACAGUGGAAGAGCCGCCCAAGUGGCAGACGGGGCCUCCCCAGAGCCAGCUGGCCGUGACCGGGUCCGACGUGCACAUCAGCUGCUCGGUCAGUGGAAAGCCGGCGCCGGACAUAACGUGGAGGAGGAACGGGGAGCUUCUCAGAGACGACGCGGGGGGCAACAGGCGCGUGCACGAUGACACGGUGGUGAUCCAUAACGCCAGACCUCAGGACAGCGGCGUGUACCAGUGUGAGGCCUCCAACAGUCACGGCAGCAUCCUGGCCAACGUCAACAUCAUGGUCACGAAGAUGGCUCCUCUGAUACUAACAACGGAUAACCUCGAGUACGCAGUGAUAGCGGGAGGGGGCAUCCUCCUCAACUGCAGGGUUUUCAGCUCCCCUCCGUCAAGCAUCGACUGGGUCAAAGGUGAGACUGGAGAAGCCAUCGAGCGCGAGGGAUUGAGCGUUCUCCAGAACGGAUCAUUGCAAAUCACCAACGCAGGGAAAGACGACGAAGGCAAAUACACGUGCGUUGCCUUAAACACGGAGGGAAACUCGACAGUCACUGCUUCGCUGGAUGUGAAAGACCCUACAGAAAUAUACCACCCCCCCCAGGACGUGCAGAUCGUGAGCGGGACCACCGCCCAGCUGAGGUGCCAGGCGGCGUACGAUGAAAGCCUGCAGAGCACCUUUGAGGUAGUGUGGAGGAAGGAUGGGGAGGACGUGUUCUCCGGGGACGGUUCCAGACACUCUGUGAGCAAUGGGAUGCUGCGGAUCAAUAACGUGAACCUGAGCGACGAAGGGCUGUACACAUGCGUGGCUAGAACACACCUUGACGAGGACAACGCCACGGCACUGCUCACAGUUCUGGACGUUCCCGAUGCGCCCACGAAUUUAGACGUUGUGGAAGUCGACGGCCCGAGACGCGUGCGUCUGUCCUGGGUCCCUGGGAGCGAUCACAACAGCUCCGUCACAGAUUUCAUAGUGGAGUAUGAGGAGAGCCAAUGGGAGCCUGGCAGGUGGAGGGAGCUGCACAGAGUGCCUGGUAACCAGGCAACAGCCGAUCUGGCGCUGAAUGGACAUCUUAACUAUCAGUUCAGAGUGUACGCCGUUAAUGCUGUCGGACCCGGACCCCCCAGCGAACCCACCGAGCAAUACAGGACACCCCCUGCCGCUCCUGAUCGGAACCCAGAGAACAUCAAAAUUCAGGGUCAUCUUCCUCAUCGAAUGUACAUUAGCUGGGAGCCACUUCUGGCUGUGGAGCACAACGGCCCGGGCCUCGAGUACAACGUGAGCUACCGCAAACUGGGCGUAGAGGACGCGUGGAAGUCGCAGCUGGUCAGAGGCUUGUACUUCGUCGUGGACAACACGUCCACCUUCAUCCCCUAUGAGGUCAAAGUUCAGAGCAGGAACAGCCACGGGUGGGGCCCGGAGCCUAAGGUGGUGACAGGCUACUCUGGAGAGGACGUUCCGAGCACGGCGCCGCGGGACGUAGCCGUGGAGCUGAUCAACAGCACUGUUGUGAGGGUUAGCUGGACCCCGGUUCCACCCGCCACAGUGAGGGGUCACCUGGGGGGCUACAAUGUUCAGUGGAUCAGGAGGCGCAGCCUGCUGGAUCCCCGGCAGCCGUUGGCCGAGCGCCACUCGCUGCCCUUCCCCGGGAGGCGGAGUCACGCCGUCGUGCCCGGGCUGCAGCCGUUCUCCCAGUACACGCUGGCGGUCAACGUUUACAACAAGAAGGGGAACGGACCCAGCAGCGACCCGGUCACCUUCGACAUGCCGGAAGGAGCUCCUGGACCGGUGCCCAUUCUGACCGCCUCCAACGCCCAGACGGACUCCGUCCUGCUGGUGUGGGGGCCGCCGCUGGUGGCCAACGGCAUCCUCACCGGCUACCGGCUGCAGUACCACCUCAUUAAUGAGAGCACGCGGGAGACGGUCGAUUCCCAGGUGAGGAACAUCUCUGGGAACGACACCACCCAGUGGCAGCUCGGGGGCUUGAAGGGGGGCAGCCUGUACCGGUUCCACCUCAGCGCCUGCACGCGGGCCGGCUGCGGACCCGCGCGGGCCCAGGAGAGCAGCACCGCCGCCCCAGAAGCCGCUGAUCUGUCCUUGGCUCCGGCACCGGCUCCGGCACCGGCUCCGGCUCCGUCUGAGGCCCCCGUUCACACGCUUCCGGCCCUGUUGAACAUAAGCUCUCAUGUGAGUGACACCUUUGCCAAAAUCAGCUGGACGGGCGGCGGCGGGCGGCGGCAGCCACCACUUUACGUGGCUUUUAGGAAUGACCGUGACGGUAUCUGGCAGAUUUCACAGGCUGUAAACGCGUCUCGAAAUUUCCACGUACUGGACGGGCUGGCGCCGGGGACGGCGUACACCGUGCGCCUCCUCUCCCAGAGGCUGCUGGAGAACGCUAGCCUUUUCGAGGGCGUUAUCCAGACUCAAGACGAAGGUGUUGUAGGACGGAGGGGCGGGGGCUUUUCCACUCAGGGGUGGUUCAUUGGGACCAUGUGCGCCGUGGCGUUGCUCACCCUCAUCGCCGUCAUCGCCUGUUUCGUGAAGACCAAGCAAGGCGGCAAGUAUGCAGUCAAGGAGAAGGAGGACCUCCACACCGACGCGGAAACGCAGCGCGCGGAUGAUGACACCUUUUGUAAAUACAGCAGCAGCGACAGCGAGGAGAGGCCGCUGAAGGGCGGCAGCCUGGGUUCCCUGAGCGAGGACGACAUCAUCGGAGACGGCGUCAGCAGGGACAGCAUGGCCGACUACGCCGAGGGCGGGGGCGAGUACGACGAGGACGGCUCGUUCAUCGGCCAGUACUGCGGACGCAUGCGCAGGGGUUCCGCCAGCGAGCCCAGCGGACCCGCGCAGCAGGACACAGCGUGAGGCCGUCGCCUGAGUCUCAUAUGGAGCAAAUUUAGUUUUUACAGUGCACAGACUGGAGCCCAGCGUUUGUACAUACUUUAGGAGAUGAGCUUUUUUAAUGACAAUAAAGUGUUUUGUAUGAGUCAGUCUUUAUGUUGAUACGUUGAUAAAUUGAUUUUCUACAAAGGUAAAAAAACAUCACAUCAAUAAUUAAAUAAAGUGCAAGAAACACAAUUUAUUGAAUACUUACUGAAAAAUCACUUGAUACCAAGUCAUAAAAUUAUUUUACUACUAUUUUUAUUACAUUGCUUCUGUAUACUGAUGUAUAAAUAUUUGACGAUUGUUUAUUAUUAAAAUGAUCCUCCUUUA